AUGAACUGUGACACGACAAAUGGUAUGUGGAACAAAUUACUUAAUGUGUACGAACAGAAAUCAGACACAAGUAUAACAACAGUACAACAAAAGUUCUAUCGUUAUACAAUGGAUCAAAAAGACAAUAUAGCAGGUCAUAUUUCAAAAUUAGAAAAUCUAAGUAGACAACUAAAACAAUUGGGAGAACCUAUCUCAGAAUCAAUGUUAAUUACAAACAUUUUUAUGACAUUACCUGAUAGCUAUAGGAACUUCUACAGUGCAUGGGACUCAAUGAAUAGUGCAAAUAGAACGCUAGAACAGUUAACCCCUCGAUUGAUGGUGGAAGAAACAUGA